CUAUGGACUACGAUAUGAAUGAACUGCUUGACUUCAGCUUACUGGUCAACUGUGAGAUCUGGGGCAGCGACAUUUUUCCUGAACACUGGCAUGGGAUGCCGGUCCUCAAUUCUGUGCAGGAGGCACCCAGGUCUGCAGCACAACCGCAGGCCGAAGCCCGCAUCACCAGCCCUACUGCCCCGAAGGCACCAACACUGGGCCUAUCGCAGGUCAAAGCCCUCGACAUCAGCCCUACAGCCCCGAAGGCACCAACACUGGGCCUAUCGCAGGUCAAAGCCCUCGACAUCAGCCCUACAGCCCCGAAGGCACCAUAUUACUAUGAGCCAAUCCAGCCAGACAAAGGGAAUGAAAUAAGGGGCUCCAGGCGUCAGACUUCAACGGCUGAUGACUCUCGAGCUACGACCCGAGAAGCAUCGAAUUCCAUCAUUACAGACACAAACGAUGGGCAACCCAUCGUAAUCGAUGACACAGAGGACGAAAUGUCAGAACCAGAGGCAAAAUCAGCGAUCGAUGGACAAGCUCGCAUUAUGGCUAAAUGUAAGAAUGCUCAACCCAGUAAACGCAAUUUUCGCAAGAGACAGGAAGUUCAAUGGGUGCGGCCGGGGUGCAAAGCCAACUCCAUGCUUCCGGUUCUGAAAUGCAUGGAGGACAAGAACAUAGUUAAGGAAACCGGCAGCAUCAUAGAUGAUGGCGAUACAAGUGAUGGUGAUUAUCGCCCUUCGAAGAAGCGACGGCCAUGA